AAAGUAUCGAGUUGGCAUAAAAAAAUCUGGUCUUCGUGUCGUGUUAUUCAUUCCUUAAUUGCGCGUUGCUUUAAUUUGUUGAGCAAAAAACGGAGCUCGGCGACAUCGCCAGUUGUGCAAUACCAUUCCAGCGGUAUCUGUAAAUCCCCCUCUACUUGGAAAAACACUCUUUUCGGCUUCAAACUUGCAGAUACUUCUUUACUUUGCCGUUUAAGUGUAUUCGAGUAUAUUUUUAACGACCACAAUGAAUUUCCAGGCGAAAUUCCUAGUCUUGUGCCUGUUUGUGGGUCUCUUCUCCGCAAAUCUGUGCGACGAAGCGGCAGUAACUACACCGGCUCCGAACAGCACGCCUGAUUCCAAGAUCACCACUACUGCGCCCCCGGAAACUACCACACCUACGACUACACCGCCGCCGACCACUACAACUGAGAAGACAACUACGACACCGGCAUCUACAACAACUCCGGCAACAACAACUACGCCUGCUACGACAACCACUCCGGCCAGCACCACAACUACUACAACCACCACCACCACCCAGGCUACGACCACAACUCCUGGUACUUCGACCACUCCGCCUACAAACUCGACCACAACUACGCCGCCGCCACAUACAUCGACCACUCCGGCGCCAAAACCUGUGCCGUGCGGUCAUUUCGAUGGAUCGUCGUUCAUCGGCGGGAUCGUUCUGACCCUGGGCCUUCUGGCCAUCGGAUUGGUGGCCUACAAGUUCUACAAGGCUCGCAACGAUCGCAACUACCACACCCUUUGAGCCGCCACAGCCUUUACGUCGGCCUUCAACGCGGCAGCCGGAGCGGCGGCGGCCAGCAGCAGUGCCGCAUCAACAGAUGCGGAGCGCGUGCGGUUCGUCCAACCUUCGAUACCGCUAAGGUCGCCGCCGGCGCAGCCGCCGCCACCGCCACCUAACCAAAUGGGUGGCAGUGGGGGCGGUGCGGCGGCAGCUCCACAAAACUGUUCGCCAUCGGCCCGGGAUCGGCUGUUAAACACGUAAUUUAAACGCCGGGAACACAUUCAAUAUUACCCAAAAUAACUGCUAUCCAAAGAGAUCCCCGGUUCCCAACAAUACAUACACACACACACAGAAAACAGUCAAGUAAAGUCAGUUCUUAAAUUCAAACGAUAACCCCCAGAGCGGAUUUAUUGUGGGCUCAGAUUAGCAGGAGCAGGCUCUACACUCUUGAAUACUUUCCUUAUCAGCCACAUGACCCACGCCACACAUUCACCCACUCUGAAAAAACAACAAAUAUUUGUCUUUUUAUGCAUUGCAUCCAUAAGUAAGAGUACGUUUUUGCAAACAUUAUUUUAUCAGCAAAUUGAGCGGAUGUUCAACGCCUUAUAGAGGAGCCCUCGGAGCCUGUCACAGGGCUUCCAAGGGUGACCAUGAACAGAGAAAUGAGAUCGUAACGAAACGAGAGGAGUAAGAACAAAUAACAGCAAAUAUGUGAGACUGCUUGAUAGCGAGAAAGUGAACAGAACAGAAAAUGGAAAGCGGCUGGCGACGGCUUUGUUUCUGGAAUUCAUAGAGCUACGAAAGGAAAUAUAAAUUUUGAUUAUAUUUACACAAUUUUGAAUAACAAAAAUUAAUUCAUUCUAGGAACUAAGAAUAUUUACUACCUUAAACUGAGCUAUACAAAAUGGAAACGCGUUUCAAUAUCUCCAUUUAAUGUGCAUUUCUUCUUUUUUUGUUUGUUCCUUCAUUAAACUAACAUUUGCUGCGUUUUUCCUGGUCCUCGCCCACUUUAUCUAUAUAUUGAUUCACCUCACCCCACUAACCCUGCGGUUUAUAGUAUUGCAAAAAAAUCAAUAAAGCGACUCACGAUGCACAGCAA